AUCUGUUCGGAGCGUCGGUCGUCCUGCAUAGAGCAAUCGGGAAUCCCAACACCCCCAACCACGUGCCGGCACGAGAGCAUGGUCUAGCACUACGUUAGACAUCUCCAUAGAAUAAAGGGCGGGCGCCAAACGGAUAGUAGUUGCGCUGCCACUGCAACGGCAGCAGAGGGAGGACAACAAACCACCCACCGACCUUCAAAAACCAUCCUCCAUCCUCCAUCAUCGUCAUCGUCAUUGGAGUCAUUGCGCGGCGUGUCUCGGGUCCGUUUGCUGCCGUUUGGUCCGUGCGGUGUGCCUCGAAGCGGGCUGUCGAGAUUCUCGUGCUCGUCGUCGUCGCGCGCGUUCUAGCAGCCUAGUAGUGCCUUUUUCGUCGUUCACCGGAAUGGUAGUGUACCAUCAACAACUGAAGCGUUCAGCAUCAGAAUGAGGGCUUUGCUGCCCACCGACGCGACACCCGUUUGCCAAAUGUAAACAGACCGUGGCCGCGCGCGCUCGUGAAUUUCGUACCGUCUCUUCUGUGUGCCGUGUCACGUGGCGAAACUUCGUCCAGCCAGUCCGUGAACCCGUGAAAUAGUGUUUCCCGCAUGAAGCGCAUGUGGUAUGCUGUAGGCGAGAAGGUGGUUCUGUAACAAAGUUUCUUAUAGUGAAACGGAAAACCACGAAAAGAUUAUGUUAAUAACGAUGGCCUUUUUGGGUGACGCCGUUGCUGUGAUGCAAAUCCAUAGUGGGAGUUCUGGUCGAACGACGGUCUUUUAGAAAAUCAGUGCCAUACUCGUCUAGUUAAAUAAGAAAUUGGGAGUAAUCCCCAUAAUUAAAAAUGAAGAAAAGUGUCAACAGUCUGUCUCCGAUCACUCCGCUACCCAACACCCCUCCUCCGGUACGGACUUCCCCGGGAGGAUCAAUCUCCCCGAAGCUGUCCCCUCCGGGCUCUGUGUUCCUCUCGAACUCGGCCUCCCGUCCAACGCUGAGCAUCAACAACUCCAGCAACCGAUGCAGCAGUCUGCUGGACGCGGACGACAUCACCCCGAUCACCUCCCCGCUGCCAAACAUCCUCUGUCCCCAGGAGAUCUACACCAUUUUCAGCCGGACGGACGACCCGGAUGCCAGCUCGACCAACCUACCGUCGGAAUCGUCCCGGCUGUCGGCGAACAAUCACCGGAACUCGUUGUUCCUUGCCAACAGUAACAACAGCAACCAGAAUGCCAACAACAACAACAGUAGUAGUAAUCCAAGUGCCAGCAACAAGUCCCGAUCGCGGCGGUCGUCCGAGCUGUCGCAGAACUAUCGCAGCGAUCGGUCCGCUUCGGCUUCGAUGAAGUCGCACAGUUCGGCGGCGGGGAGGAAACGAAGCUCGACGCACAUCGAGAUGAAUGCCAGCGUGGAGCGACCGCGGUGCCUCAAGUCGUCCUUUCUGCGCCGGAAGUGCAAGGAAUAUGCCGAUGACGACGAUGCCACGACGUCCGGGGUUACGUUGGACGAUACCGAUAAGCGUGUGAUACUGUUGAAUCAAAGUCAACGGCAAAAGUACUGCAACAAUCAUAUCUCGACGGCAAAGUAUAGCGCAAUAACUUUUAUACCAUCGUUUUUGUUCGAGCAGUUCCGGCGGUAUUCGAACUGCUUUUUUCUGUUCAUCGCACUGCUGCAGCAGAUUCCGGACGUUUCGCCAACCGGACGCUACACCACCCUAGUACCUUUGUUAUUUAUUCUAUCGGUAAGCGCCAUCAAAGAGAUCGUAGAGGACAUCAAGCGGCACCGGGCCGACGAUGAGAUCAACCACCGGGAGAUCGAAACCCUCCAGGGUGGCCAGUGGCGGUGGAUCAAGUGGAAAGAGCUGUCGGUCGGCGACAUCGUCAAAGUGCAAAAUAACACCUUCUUCCCGGCCGACCUGGUGCAGCUGUCGUCGAGCGAACCGCAGGGCAUAUCAUUCAUCGAGACGUCCAACCUGGACGGCGAAACGAAUCUCAAGAUUCGACAGGGCGUAUCCGCCACGGCCAAAAUCCUCGAAACCAAAGAUUUUAUCCAGUUUUCCGGUACGCUGGAAAGCGAACCACCCAAUCGGCAUUUAUACGAGUUCAACGGGGUGCUGAAGGAGAGCGGGAAACCCGCUGUAGCCCUCGGCCCGGAUCAGCUCCUGCUGCGAGGAGCGAUGCUCCGUAACACCUCCUGGGUAUUCGGAAUCGUCAUCUAUACCGGACACGAUACAAAACUUAUGCGUAACUCUACCUCAGCGCCUCUGAAGCGCUCAACUGUUGACAGACUGACAAACACGCAAAUUUUAAUGUUAUUUUUCAUUCUAAUUUUCCUUUGCAUCGUAAGUUGUAUAUGCAAUCAAAUUUGGACAAAGGAUCAUUACAAAACCGAUUGGUACUUAGGCAUAAGUGAUUUAUUAAGCAAAAACUUCGCCUACAAUCUGCUUACGUUUAUAAUUUUGUACAACAAUUUGAUUCCGAUAUCACUUCAAGUUACGUUAGAGCUAGUUAGGUUUCUACAGGCAAUUUUCAUCAACAUGGACAUUGACAUGUACCACGAGGAAUCGGACACCCCCGCUAUGGCUCGGACGUCGAAUUUGAACGAGGAACUCGGUAUGGUCAAGUACAUCUUCUCGGACAAAACUGGCACCCUGACGCGGAACGUGAUGGAGUUCAAGAAGUGCUCGGUCGCCCGGACGAUCUACACCCCGGAGGAAAAUCCCGCCCAGUCGCAGCUGGUGCAGCACAUAAUGAACAACCACCACACGGCUGCCAUUCUGCGUGAGUUCCUAACACUGAUGGCGAUCUGCCAUACGGUGAUACCGGAGAAGAGCGACAACGACAAUAUCCAGUAUCACGCGGCCAGCCCAGACGAGCGAGCUCUGGUGUACGGGGCAAAACGGUUCGGCUAUGUGUUCCACACGAGAACGCCAACCUAUGUGGAAAUUGAAGCUCUCGGUGUCCACGAACGCUUCGAAAUCCUCAACGUGUUGGAGUUCACCUCUACGCGGAAGCGGAUGUCAGUCAUUGCCAAGAACUCCAAAGGGGAAAUCAAACUGUACUGCAAGGGAGCGGAUACGGUGAUCUACGAGAGGUUGGCCCCCAACGGGCAAGCCUAUCGCGAGGCAACGCUCCAGCAUCUGGAGGAAUUCGCCACCGAAGGUCUGCGGACGUUGUGCUGUGCGGUGGCGGUCAUCCCGGACGAUGUAUACGAAGACUGGAAGCACACGUACCAUAAAGCGUCCACCUCGCUGCAGUACCGGGAGCAGAAGGUGGAGGACGCGGCCAAUCUGAUCGAGACGAGUCUGAUGCUGCUCGGUGCAACGGCCAUCGAGGACAAACUGCAGGACGGUGUACCUGAAACCAUUGCUUCGCUGCUCGAAGCCAAGAUCAACGUGUGGGUGCUGACCGGUGAUAAGCAGGAGACUGCUAUCAACAUAGGCUAUUCGUGCAAGCUGCUGUCGCACGGCAUGGACUUAAUUAUUUUAAACGAGGAUAGUUUAGAUAAUACGCGAAACUGUGUCCAGAGGCACAUUGCCGAGUUCGGCGACCAGCUGCGGAAGGAGAACAACGUCGCACUGAUAGUGGACGGCAAGACGCUAAAGUACGCUCUGAGCUGUGAUUUGAGGACUGAUUUCCUGGACCUGUGCAUCUCCUGCAAGGCGGUCAUUUGCUGUCGGGUGUCACCCAUCCAGAAGGCCGACGUGGUAGAUCUGGUCACUACCAACACGAAGUCGGUCACGCUGGCCAUCGGCGACGGGGCCAACGAUGUGGCCAUGAUCCAGAAGGCCCACGUCGGGGUGGGCAUUUCCGGCGUGGAGGGCCUGCAGGCGGCUUGUGCGUCCGACUAUUCGAUAGCACAGUUCAGCUAUUUACGAAAGUUACUGUUGGUGCACGGGGCGUGGAACUACAGUCGGAUGUGCAAGCUAAUCCUGUACAGUUUCUACAAGAACAUCUGUCUCUACGUGAUAGAGCUGUGGUUCGCUAUCUACUCCGGAUGGUCUGGCCAAAUCCUUUUCGAACGAUGGACAAUCGGUUUGUACAAUGUGUUCUUCACUGCGUUGCCACCCUUCGCGAUGGGUCUCUUUGACAAAGUGACCUCUGCGGAGCAAAUGCUGAAAGAACCAAGGCUCUACGAACCAUCCCAAAGUGCCCAACUAUUUAACGUUAAAGUAUUCUGGUACUGGAUUUUCAACGCUCUGGUCCACUCGGUGAUCUUAUACUGGCUGCCAAUGUUUUCGUACCAAGGCGACGUGAUCUGGGGAAACGGUCGCGACGGUGGUUAUCUAGUGUUAGGAAAUAUAGUUUAUACUUAUGUAGUUGUUACUGUGUGUCUGAAAGCUGGUCUGGUGACGAACUCCUGGACAUGGCUGACGCAUUGCUCCAUCUGGGGCUCCAUGGUGCUGUGGUUUAUGUUUAUAUUUAUUUAUAGCAAUAUCUGGCCAACGUUACCGGUGGGAGCGGUAUUCACCGGUAUGGAUGAUAUGAUUUUCUCGUCGCCCGCGUUUUGGUUGGGCCUGUUCCUGAUACCGAUUACGGCAUUGCUGCCCGAUGUUGUAGUCAAAGUGAUAAGAAACCGAAAUCAAAGUAUUGCAACACCUCAUCCCAUAAAGGAGUCACGAUCUUCAUUAACUGAAACCGCCCGUCUACUGCGAAACGUACGAAGAGUCUUUACUGGCCGGUCGCACACAACCGAAAAUAAAGAACUAGAACUGAAGCAUGGCUUCGCCUUCUCGCAGGAGGAAGGGGGCAACGUGACGCAAACCGACGUUAUCAGAGCCUACGACACCAAUCUGCCCAAACCGGAUGGGAACUGAGAGUGCCCACUCGAUUUCUACUACGAAAAUUAUUUUUCCGUGUGCUAAAGCGGAAACGCAAACGUCACCACCACCACCAUAACCCCUUGUACUACCAUCAACAACAGCAGCAGCAGCAGUCGUUUCGUCGUCAGAGCAGAAGCCUUCUCCACGUAGCUUGAGUCUGACGGGAAAUUGUUGCUAAAUGGCAACACUGUUAAAAUGGAGGAGGGUAGCCAUUAAGGAAAUUUGUGUAAAUGUAUCUGUAUAGUAAAGUUGCUAUCAUUUAUAUAAAUAAGUCUACAUUUGUGUCAGAAUACAAAUUGUUUAUUGUGUAAGUGGCCAGGGAAUAUUUAUACUAGAGGAAAAUCGAGAUUAUUUAUUUUAUGUGAAAGUAUUUAUAGCAGUUAGUAUGUGUAUAGUUUUUUAAGUUGGAAGUUAGAAACUCAAAAGUGUUUAAAAUGGGGAAACAGAAAAAAGGUAAUAGCAAGAAAAAAGUAUUAUUUUUGUACCAAAAACAAUACAAAACAAAUCAACUAUACAAAACAAUGGAAGCUUUUUGUCUUAUUCUUGUUGAAACUUUCUAUCGAAAAACACUUGUUUCAUUUCCAUGUUUUUCGAAAACUUUGACUAGAAGCUUUUCUACUUUUAGUAAUCAGUUUAGUUUUCUACGAACACAAGUUAACAUCUGUCAAAUCGUCAAAAGAGAAAGAGAGAGGGAUAACACUAGUUAGGUGGAAAGAUUUCUAUAUAUUCUAAUAACAGAACAUACACUUUUAUUCACAACCAACCCAAAGGGAUGGAAAAUCUAAAACGUAAAAUAAAGAAUUUGUUCGCGCCUUGAUAACAACACUAUCUAAUAAAAAAAUUGGAAAUUAAAUUACUAAAAAUAAUAAGUAGAUAUCACACAAACAAAACCAAACAAGUUACUGUAUAAAGAAUAUCUGUGAAGGUAAAUUAAAAAAAAAAAAUAGAUACUGUAAUCAACAGCAAGAACAAAACACAACAAACACAAACUUUCACCUUGAAUCAGUAGACUAAAAAGCCGAAAAGAGAAGAUUUACUAUUCUUAUAGUAGGAUAGAUUGUAGAAAAAAAGGUUCUCAGUUUCUUGUAACAACACUCUACGAAAUAAAUUUAAAAAAAAACAAUCUCGAUUCGGUCAAAAUGGAACUUGAUCUGUUUCAAUAACCACAUACACAACACACAUACUAACACAAACAACUAUCGAUACACACGUGGACCGGUUAGGUGUGUUGAAUGAAUGUUGAGAAAGGUCAAAUAAAAUAAAUAACUAUAACAACAA